AUACUUUGGCAUUACUUACUUGGAUUCGAUACGAGCCGCCCGUCCGCUGCGACAGGAGAGGGAAAUAUAGGGCGAAGCAGCAUCGAUACUGAGUGCCGACCACGGACAAUAGGAUUCGUUAAAGUGAAAAUGCCGCUGGCGUUGCAGUUGCAGCUUGUGGCUCUAGCCACGCCUCCGCCCCACUAAAGGUCUCGGGUCCCUGACAGGCAGUCAGUGGCGGAGGCGUAAAGCGGCAAACGUGACAGAAAUGGCCGCUAGCCGAGUCAAUGCAACGGCAACAACAGCAGGAGCAGCGGAAAGAGCAGCAACAACCACAACGGGCACCGGGAGAGCGUUGAUGAACCAACUGCUGAACCGUUCGGCGGAUGGGAACCGCAGCGACGGAGGACUGGGGGAGGGUGGCGUCGGGAAUGGAGCCCCCCCGACGUCAACGGCUGGUUACCAACUGCCGCUGUAUGAGGACGAGACGCAAACGGCAGCGGAGGCAGAGGCAGAGGCAGAUGCAGAUGCCGGCUACGCCCUAAUCGACGACAUCAGCGACUGGCUGCUGAGCUCCUCGGCCAGUGCCGAGAAUGCCACUGCAGCCGCAACGUCCACGUCAACGUCCAUGUCCAUGUCCAUGUCCACAUCCACAUCCACGACAGCGGCGAUGGCAACGAAAUUGGGUUUGGGCACGGACACAGCCACCUCGAGCACCAACGAUACCCUGGGUUGGCUGAGCCUCGAUCUGGGCGAGACGCUGAAUGGCACGCUGCCCGGUCGGGCCAACUCCAGCUUGGUGGACGAGGCGGAGGCGGAGGCGGAGGCGCCCGGUGACGGCCUCUAUGCGCUGCGCAACUUUGUGGAGCAGCAGCUGGGUGGCGUCGGGGAGGCCGGCACCGGGGCCGGGGAGGAAGCACUCGACAUUGCGCUGAUCGACAGCGGGGAGGAGGCGGCCCUGGACAAUGUGGCCGAUGCAGAAACGGAUUAUGGUCUGUUGGGCGGCUUCGGGGAUGUCGAGCUGCUGCAGCGAACGGCCACAUUGGCCAAGGCGACGCUGAGGAAUCGCACGAACGGUGGAGGUGGAGGAGGAGGAGUGGCAACAGCAGGAGGUGGACUCACAACAGCAGGAGGAGGUGGCGGUGGUGGUGGUGGUGGCAGCUCGUUUAUGCUGCUGCUGGAGAACUUUAACGACUAUUUCCCCAACUACAAUGGCAGCACGGUUUCGGGCACAACAAUAACAUCCGCAGUUGCCGCAGCAACAACAACACCCAGCAGCAGCGGCAGCGGCAGCGGUGCCGGCAGCAUCCUGCUCGAGCAGAAUCUCACCGGCCUGUUCCUGGACGCCUACCGGCAGAACUGCAGCAACGAAACAACGCUGAAUCUCACCGCCGGCGAGUCCUGUGGCGAGCUGAGAAUUGUGGACCACAACUAUUGGGCGCUCAUCUUGAUACUGUUUCCCAUCUUGACCCUCUUCGGCAACAUCCUGGUCAUCCUGUCCGUCUGCCGCGAGCGCUCGCUGCAAACAGUCACGAAUUAUUUUAUAGUUUCUCUGGCCAUUGCCGAUCUGCUGGUCGCCGUGGUUGUGAUGCCAUUUGCCGUUUACUUUCUGGUAAAUGGUGCCUGGGCAUUGCCUGAUGUUGUUUGUGAUUUCUAUAUAGCCAUGGAUGUGAUAUGCUCUACUUCAUCGAUAUUCAACUUAGUUGCCAUCUCCAUAGACAGAUACAUCGCUGUGACGCAGCCAAUAAAGUACGCCAAGCACAAAAACAGUCGCCGCGUUUGCCUUACGAUACUGCUGGUCUGGGCAAUAUCGGCUGCCAUCGGUUCACCGAUAGUUCUGGGUCUCAACAACACACCCAACCGCGAGCCGGAUGUGUGCGCCUUCUACAACGCUGACUUUAUACUCUACUCAUCGCUGAGCAGCUUCUACAUACCCUGCAUCAUUAUGGUCUUCCUCUACUGGAACAUUUUCAAGGCACUUCGUAGUCGUGCCAGAAAGCAGCGGGCGGCCCGUAAGCCCCAUCUGUCGGAGCUAACCGGCGGCAGCGUCAUCGAGAACAUUGCCCAGACACGGCGACUGGCGGAGACGGCACUCGACAGCAGUCGCCAUGCCAGCAGGAUCAUGCCGGACGAGCCGGCCACGAACACGGCCAGUGGCUCCAAUGAGGAGGAGGACGAGAACGCCAUCUCACCGGACAUCGAUGACUGUCAUGUGAUUGUGAACGACAAGUCCACCGAGUUUAUGCUGGCCACCGUCGUCGAGGAGACGGGCAACAGCGUUGUGGCUCAGAUCAGCACACAGCCACAGCUGGUGGUUGCCGAUCCGAAUGGUAAUCAUGAUUCUGGUUAUGCAGCCUCAAACGUUGACGAUGUCCUUGCAGGCGUGGGCGUGGCCACGGGCACCGGCACCGGCAGCAUCGCCGGCGUCACCGCAGCGGUAAGCAGCGCCACGCCCCCAGACAGCCCCCUGCCCAGCGGAGCGACACUGCAGCGCUCGAGUGUCAGCAGCAGGCGCAACACCGCCGAGGAUUCACCGAAGCGCGGCGAGCCCUCACUCAGCGUCGCCAUGAAGCCAUUGUCCUUUGUCCGCUAUGGUGUGCAGGAGGCCAUGACUUUGGCACGCAACGACUCAACGCUAUCGACCACAUCGAAAACGUCCUCGCGCAAGGAUAAGAAAAACUCGCAGGCGUCAAGAUUCACGAUAUACAAGGUGCACAAGGCCUCGAAAAAGAAACGUGAAAAAUCGUCGGCCAAAAAGGAACGCAAGGCCACAAAAACAUUGGCCAUCGUUUUGGGUGUCUUCCUGUUCUGCUGGCUGCCAUUCUUCACGUGCAACAUCAUGGACGCCAUGUGCGCCAAAUUUAAUAAAGACUGCCGACCGGGCCUCACAGCCUACAUGAUGACCACCUGGCUGGGCUACAUCAACAGCUUUGUCAAUCCGGUGAUCUAUACGAUAUUCAAUCCAGAGUUUCGCAAGGCCUUCAAGAAGAUCAUGCAUAUGGGAUGAUUGAAAACGGCGAGCAGGACACCAGCAGCAGCACCAAACACAACAGCAACAAAAUUAGCAAUAGAAAGAAAGCGGAAACAGGACUAAGCGGAAACAGGAAACAAAAUUAAGCGGAACUGAACUAAAAAGCAUACCAAAAACUGUACUGUAAUCGAGGGUGUAGCCAGGUGUAAGUAGUAGUUGUUUUGGGGAAUGGAGUGCCAAAUGUAAGCAAUGGAUCGAUAGAUCAAUGGAUCGAUACACGCCACUCAAUUAGGCAAUACACGAGUCACGGAGGCAUGCAUCCCACACUUAUCGGUUUUGUUUCGUAGUUAAAAUAGCACUAAGCAUAUGUGUGUGUGUGUGUGUCUAUCUAUGUACAUAGAACUGUACAUAAAACUAUACAUCUACCCAACCUAUGCUAAGUACAGACAUACAUAAUCGCCAUACCAAUAUUGGAGUCGUUUGAGAGCAUUACGAGCUGUAGGCUAGGUACAAUUUUAAAAACAAUUAAGUUUAGCAAAUACCCAAAGGAUUCCCCUCUCACACAGUAGCCCACUAAGUUACACACAAACGUUCGGUUUAGAGUGGACCCGAAAAUUCGCUUUUAUGUGCUUUUUUGUAUGCCAAUUCCUAUCGAUACCUAAUCACAUAUCACGAGCCGCAGCACGAGCUGCUCGUUUACCCGCCCCAAACCCCUUCCAGGCCCCCCACCAGCCCAAGUUGAGUAGUUAAGAAAAUGUAGAGAAGAAAUUUCAUAUCGUUAAAGGCAAAAGUUUCGAUUAAUCGAUACUUGGUAUCGAUAUACUUAGGAUAAGGGCAAGCAGUAUAAGGCAGUUUAGGUUUAGCGGCAAGCAGGGCCUUGAGAUCAGCGGCCCCACGCACACACACACACAGCACAAACACACACACAACCACACACGCGAAUGAAGGAAGUUAUGGCCCGAUAGCUGCUGUUAGCUAUCGAUAAGUUAUCGACUGGGUUUUGGGUGGUCAAGCAUGGUGACGGUAACUCAAAUUAUAUCCAUAUAUAAAAUAUAUUUUCUAUCCGGUCUAUCGGUAAGUUUGAUCGAUCAAUUGAUCGAUAAAUGCAUCGAUAGUAUUCCAAAUUGAUUGUAAACAAUCGAGAACUGACUUCCAACACCGACUUGCCCAUCCACACACACACGCACACACACACAAGCAGACAAACAACACCAAAUGAGCCCCAAAAAUCAAAUGAAGAGCGCUGGAGACGCUGAUCCUCGAUGCGCGAUCCCUGCUAACAGAUGCAUAGGAAAUAAGCGUCUUAAGUGGACUAUCGAUAGUGAAAGAUGUAAGCGCAUUUAAAACAUUAAGGUCGGUACUUAGUGUAGCCUAGACUAGCGACUAGAGAGAGAAAGAGAGAGUAUUCAUUAAGUAAGUUAAGCAGCGGCGUACCUAGUACGCCCGUAUACCAAAGCCCGAAAGAUACUCAGAUCAUUUUCAGAUCCCCCC